GCCUAGGCGCCCUACUUUAACCCUCCCAUUCACCACUCCUUAACUUUUUUUUUCAACCAUUAAUUAUCUGCACAUAUGUGAUUUAUGAUAAACAUAUAUGUGCUAACCACUAUCUCUUUUCUUCAUCGGCGAUCAUCACUUUUAAUCCCAUUGCUGGUUUUCACGUUCACAACAUUUCCAACGCCAUGGCGCCACGAACCCGACGCUCGAAGGUUGCAGAGGAGAGCUCCGCAACAGACAGUGCUAGCACUACUGCCUCACAACCUGUUGUUCCCCUACGCCGUGGAAGAUCCUCUAAGAUUACCACUAUUGAUAGCAAUUCAGCUAUUUCAGACAGCGGGUAUUCAACACCUGCAACUAGUAAUCCUGUUACUCCUGCGCCCUCUAUCACGAGCAAGCCUCCUCAACCCAAAAGUAGGGCACGGUCGCGCCUGGUUGUUGAGUUGCCUGAGCUCCCCAAAGACUCAACCUCGACAAGCAGCAAGUCUAACAGGCGCAUCUCUACAACUUCGUCUAGAGGUGUCACACGUCGCCGGCCUGCCCCCAUUGCCUAUACUGAAGAGGAUUCGGAAGAUGAUAUAAAUAUGGAGGAGGCACCUCGUGAAGAUCCUGCCCCUGCUAAGGGCAAGAUGGUUACUAGUCGCAAGCGACCCAGUGCUGUGAUAGCCCAUAAUUCUGAUGCCGAAAGUGAUAUUCCUCUUUCAUCAACUCGAGUCUUUAAGAAGCCAAAACUUACCGACCCUAUGAGUGAUGAUGAGCCCGACUCAGAGUUGGAUGAUGAGGAGCCUAUUGAUGAUAUGUCCGAGGCUUCUAGCACAUAUGCUCUUGAUGAAGAUGAAGAUGAAGAUAUCUCAGAACCCGACUCCGAUGAUCCGAUCACCGAUUCCCACACAACCGUGCAGGCAGCUUCUCAAGCAGUCUCACAAGCAGCCUCACCUACAGCCUCACAUACUGCUUCAACUAUGGCUGCACGUACACCUCAGCGUGGGUUUACUUUUACCCGCUCGCGUCGUAUUCGUCGUCCUCUAAACAGAAAGGAAAGGAUGAGGAUGAAGUUAACCAAGCAUCAUCCAGAGCUCGAAACCAUGUGGGAUGACCUUGAAAGCAUGCCUGUUCUCAAGGCCAAAAAGGCCGAGCAGCCGAUCACCAUCUCCCGCCAGUUGAAACCGUUCCAACUCGAAGGUCUUUCCUGGAUGAAGGCUAUGGAAUUAACAAAGUGGAAGGGUGGCCUACUUGGAGAUGAGAUGGGUCUUGGCAAAACUAUCCAAGCGGUGUCUUUAAUCAUGUCCGACUACCCAGCAAAAGCACCGUCUCUGGUGCUCAUGCCACCUGUUGCCUUAAUGCAAUGGACAUCUGAAAUCGAGUCCUACACAAAUGGAAAGCUAAAGACUCUAGUAUUCCAUGGCACCAAUGCCAAGGCCAAGAAAUUGACAACCAAAGAACUUAAAAAGUUUGACGUUAUCUUGAUGUCCUAUAAUACCCUGGAGUCCUUGUUCCGCAAGCAAGAGAAAGGUUUCAAGAGGAAAGAGGGCACGUAUAAGGAGAAGAGUGCUAUCCACCAAAUUAAGUUUCACCGCGUGAUUCUCGACGAGGCUCAUUGUAUCAAGUCCAGAAACACCAUGACUGCGAAGGCAUGCUUUGCGCUCAAAGUUGAGUAUCGCUGGUGCUUGACCGGAACCCCCUUGCAGAACCGAAUCGGAGAGUUCUUUUCGCUGCUUCGAUUUCUCAAGAUUACCCCAUUCGCGGAAUACUUUUGCAGAGAGUGUAGCUGUGCCAACCUCGAAUGGUCUGCGGACGAGCACAAGAAUUGCAAAGAUUGUGGCCAUUACAUGAUGUUGCAUGUUUCGGUUUUCAAUCAAGAACUUCUGCAUCCUAUCUCCCGCAGCGGUAACCGCGGCGAAGGCAAAGAAGCCCUUGCUAAAUUACGUCUUCUUACGGACCGGAUCAUGUUGCGCCGUCUCAAGAAAGAUCAUACAAAUGCCAUGGAACUUCCCGUCAAGGAGGUCUACGUGGAUCGCCAAUUCUUGAGCGAAGAGGAGAACGACUUCGCGAAAAGCAUCACGGAUAACAGCCAGCGCAAGUUCGACACUUAUGUGGCGCAAGGCGUUCUUCUUAACAACUACGCCAAUAUAUUUGGUUUGAUUAUGCAGAUGCGCCAGGUCGCCAACCAUCCUGAUCUAAUCUUGAAGAAGAAUGCACAGGGAGGACAGAACAUAUUAGUCUGCUGCAUCUGCGACGAACCUGCUGAGGAGGCGAUUCGGUCCAAGUGCAAGCAUGACUUCUGCCGCUCUUGUGCGCAGCAUUAUGUCAAUUCCCAGGGGGCUCCAGACUGUCCUCGCUGUCACAUCCCUCUAUCUAUCGAUCUAGAGCAGCCUGAGAUUGAGCAGGACGCAAUACUUGUCAAGAAAUCGUCCAUAAUCAAUCGCAUCAAAAUGGAGAACUGGACAUCGUCGUCUAAGAUUGAGCUGCUCGUUCAUGAGCUCCACAGGCUACGAUCGGACAGUGCUUCACACAAGUCGAUCAUCUUCUCGCAGUUUACUACAAUGCUCCAACUGAUUGAAUGGCGUCUUCGAAGAGCCGGCAUCACAACAGUCAUGCUUGACGGAAGCAUGACGCCGGCUCAGCGACAAGCUUCCAUCGAUCAUUUCAUGAAGAACGUCGACGUAGAGUGUUUCCUGGUGUCGUUGAAAGCGGGUGGCGUCGCCCUGAAUCUUACAGAAGCGUCGCGGGUGUUCAUUGUCGAUCCGUGGUGGAAUCCAGCAGCAGAGUGGCAAUCGGCCGACCGAUGCCAUCGCAUCGGACAGACACGACCAUGCAUCAUCAAGCGCCUCUGUAUCGAGGAUUCCGUGGAGAGUCGUAUAGUUGCGCUACAGGAGAAGAAAGCGAACAUGAUUAGAUCGACUGUCAAUUCGGAUGAAGCCUCGUUGGAGGCUCUCACACAUGAAGACCUCCAAUUUCUCUUCAAGGGAUCUUAGAUUUUUUUUCCUCCUCUUUUUUCGUUACACAUUCCCACUUUCAGUGCCACGUGUGUUUCGGUGGCGUUACCCGUACUCUCGGGAGGGUUGAUUGUGUUAGUCUUCCUUUCGGCCUUCUUUCCUUUUAGUUCUCGAGGACAUCGGAUUCCGGCUUUGAUAAUCUCAAUUAGCAACUUGCGUGGGAUGGUCGUUUCACUUUUGCAAUACGAUUUUCAUCAAUGGCAACGUCAUAUCUCUACGGUUAUGAUAUGAAUCUUGCCCCUCCAAGACUACAAUCUGUCUUAUAUUCGGCGCGUUACGUUUACAGACAAGGUAA